UCAAGUUUUUCGAUUGUUUUCUUCACGAAAAAGGAUGUUUUACGGCGCGGAUCGGUCAAUUUAUUUACAAGUUCAAUGUUAAAUUUAACUGUUAUCCUACUGGAAGUACUGCAAAACUUGAUGAUAAAAUUAGGCAGUUGUGAUCAACAGAAAUCAUGAAUAAAAGUCCUUGUCAUACUGAUCAGUAAGAGUGAUAUUGAAGGCUUGAACUAAUUGGAAGAGACAAGAGAGUAAAAAGGAACUCUAUAAGAUGCAGUCAAAUGAGGAUGCAGCCUCGAGUAGGAAAUCUGCCGCAGCAGCCCUGACCGAAAGACACCGUGGAGAAUGGAUGGGCGCAGGCGACCCUGAGAGUGCCUCUGUCUUCCACCAUAUUCGAAGCAGAACUAUCGGACAUGCGAAGCACCGGAGGAAGGUUAUCUGUAACCUGACCACCCGCAGACUUCCCCAUGUGCUCUCGGAGCGGGAGAUUCCUGUUGGCGAGAUCAAUAAGAUCUUUGCUUCGGAAUGGAUUUCAGAUCAUCAAGUAGUCGUUGGAACCAAGUGCAAUAGAUUGAUGGCGUUAGACUUGAACCUCAACCACCAAGUAUCCAUCCCGAUGCUCCGUAGUCUCCCAAGCAAAAAGCCAGAGACAUUACCAAUGAACAACAGUGGUAUCCACAGUAUAUCCAUCAACCCCAGCGGAACCCUCCUAGCUACAGGGGCGGACAACCCAAACAACAUAGGUGUAUACCGGUUACCCACGUUUGAUCCCGUCUGCGUAGGGCAGAAUUGCCACAAGGACUGGAUGUUCUCAGUUGUAUGGUUAGAUGACCAAUACUUAGUUGCAGGUUCGAGAGAUUCACAGCUUUCUGUCUGGUCUGUCAGUCAAGAACUGUGCGACCGGGUCCAAGACACCAACGAAAUAGCCACAGUGCCAUCCUACGAAUCCAUCUUCCCCAUUGCGUUACGGUCUAGUGAGAGAAAUGAGAAAGUAAGGGCCUUGGAGUACAGCCCGCAAACGAAGGAAUUAGCCUCAUUGUCGGCCAACGGUUUUAUCCACCUUUGGGACUUGAGAGGGUUCCGGAAAGUCCACAGCAGACGCUUGCCGUACUGCGAGGAGAAUGUCUGUAUAGCCCUAUCACAAGACCACUCUCUUUAUGCUGUUGGUUCCCAGUCUCAUGUCACCUUCCUAGACUCUCGGAAUGGGAGAUGUGUGGCAUCGGUUCACUCUAAGGAGAGGGGAAGCGGUGUGCGGUCAGUGAGCUUUAAGGAUGGAGUGCUGACAGUCGGUACCGGUCAAGGUGCUCUCAUGUUCUUUGAACUAAGAGCAGGUCAUUUCAUUGAGAAAGAUGUCGAUGGAAGGACCAUGCCUGUGAAGUUAUACACUGGAAAAGGAUAUCUGCAUCGAGAUUCCCUCUUCCAUCAGUUCUUCAGCGAGUCCAGCCAUCCGAAUGCUGUGUACACUCAUCGGUACGACAAGUCUGGGACUAGGCUCUUCGUAGCAGGCGGUCCAUUGCCAUCUGGUCUUUCUGGAAACUAUGCCGGUUUGUGGCAUUAGAGGGCUCCUGUCAACCACCGCCUUGUCGCAUCGAAGAAGAAAGGAGAAAAAACGACUGAAUGCCUUCUGUGGUACCACACCAGUAGUCAAUAUUCUUGUGAUUGGACUUUACUAUGCCCUGGAACAUUGUAUGUCAUUGGGCAUUUUCUAGCAGAAGGUCUGAUUAGAAAGUGAGCGAUCUACUUCAUGUGCAGCUUUCGCAGUGUUGCAUAUAAUCUUGGUGGCAAGUUUUAUUUUGUUUUCACUUGAUUUCUUUUUCAAUUGAUUUGAUAUCACUGGAGCAUUAUAGUAAUAUAUCCCAUUUAAAAUGCCUAUCAAUAUGCCUAUUCCUAUGCCUAUUUUUAUACCUGAUUGUAUUAUUUAUGUGUAUUUGCAUCAUGCAAGGACUCAGACUCUUGCAAGUAAAAAUUUGCUUGUGUACUACUUGUGUACAACUUGGAAUGUAAACAUCAAUAUCAGUAGCUGUACCCAGCUGAGCAGGGGAGAGUUUCAUGAAGCACCCUUGUCAGUGACUGUCACUGACUGAUUUGCUCCUAGCCAAGAUCAGAUGCAAGGAUUUCUCAGUGAAAUCACAGACCAUUUGUUUCAUGAAUGCUUCCCAGGAUGUCUUUAGCUUAAGUUGAGUGGACCCUGUGAGCGUAGAAAGUGUACAAAAUUAUGCUGAAACUAUUAUCAAAUUAUCAAACAACAAUGAUGAAAAAUACAACAAAUUACAUGUAAAAAAUAUCUUUCAGUGGCCAUUUUGUAGAAGCUUUUCGUAAGUCAAUAUGUACUGUCCACUGGUCUGAUUGGUUCGACAAAGCCCUAGUUUCAAUAGACUUACAGUAGCACUUAUCUCUACAAUUUAUUGUCUCCCCAAAUCCUUUGCUAUGCAUUGAAAGUGGAAAUUUAACAUUCUGUAGAGAAGUACAUUUAGAAGAUAUUCUACUUGCGUCAUCAGAAACCGACAGAAUUGUCAUGUCAAAACACAUGGAUAGUGGUAUUUCACAGUCAUAACAACUAGUAGCCUGAAUUUUUUAAAGUUUUAGAUGGAAAUUCUAUCGUAUGAUAUUGUGAAACAUAUAUGCAUUCAUAUUUAUUGUUUGUUCUUUGUUUCAAUUAUUUUUUUUCUCAUGUUCAUUGUUUUAUAUUUCUUGUUAUUACUAUAUAUUUAUCAACUUGUAAUUAUAUCAAUAUAUUUAUACAUAUUUUGUUGUCAAUCAAAUUGCUUAUUUUAUUUCCUCAUUUUAUAUUUGAAAAAAGAAAUUCAUAAUUAGUUAUUGUUGCUAGUAUGAGACUGGUUAGGGUCUCAUGUUGCUUUUGACCUUCACGAAGACCUGGUUUACAAAGUGGCUCUAAGUAAGUGCUUAUAAGGACCUCGUACUAAUCCACACUAGCUCCUAUAUACAAUUUAAUCUUUACUUAUACAUCAUAUUCGCAAACUUGGAUGCUAACUUUUUUUCUUGGUGGCCCGAUCGGUCAACCAGAAUCAUCAAUUUCAUAUUUUUGGUGGCUCUUAAAGCAAACUUACGUAAGUGGCCCUAAAACAAUAGAAAACUUUAAAAUUUCUCAAAACUUUGGUAGCCCAAUCGGGCCACCAAGUGUUGGCUUUUACAGAAUUUGGUGGCCUGACUCUCACUUUUAGUUGCCCUGGGCCACUGCUAAUGUCGAGCCGUGCAUUUGAUGUCAAAACCUACAUGUAAGUGGGAACAUUGUAUGAAUGCUUGCGCUGUUUCAACAUUGAUCUGUGAAAUGAUCUUUUCAUUUAAAAAAAAAAUCAUAUCAUACACAACAAAUUUGGGAACGAGGAAAGCUGCAUUGCAAAGACUCGUAAGGCCUGAAUUCGCAAAGGUGGUUUUUAAAACUGUCAGUUGAACCCAGGGUUUAUGAAUGCAGUACGCCAAAUUGACGCCUGUUGUCAUGGUUAUCCAUGCUUUUUUAUUCACUGUUUUGAAUUAAUGAGUCCAAUCUUGAAAACAAUGGACUCAUGAAUAAAGUUGCGUGCUUAACGAUGGCAGCAGGCGUCAAUUUGGCGCACUGACUGACAAAAAUGCAUCAGCAUUGGCCAUUAAAUUAAGCUUGAUUCAUAAAGGAAAUCUGCAUAAACCGUGGGUCAGACAGAUUGUUUUCAAAACUACCUUUCUGAAUUCAGCCCUAACAGAUUUAUAGUUGGGAUUCCUGCCAAAUGAUGUCGCACAGGCUUCUGACAAGUUACCCAAGUCUGCCUUUUAUUCUCUUUAUGCCAAUAUGGUGACUUUAACACUGAACUUGAAUUCUUGUAGCUCUGCAAUUCUUUAUUUCCAUAAAUGACAGGGUAGUGCUGAAGAGGGGAUGCCAAAAGUAUGAAAAUCUUGAGAAUAUCAAUACUAAUUGGUGUAUAGCAGGUAGGGUGAAUCCUAAUACUCUUUCAUGAAUUCACUUUCAAAUGGUCCGGACUGUGUCUCGAUCAGAAUAGUUUAGACUCUGAUAAAAAUUGUGUUCAGAAGUAGCUCUAUUUUCAUGAGUGCAGCAAAGACACAGUCCGGUUUAUCAUCGUGGUAACCACUUAAAGCGCACAGAGUUUGUGCACACAGGACAGUGCCAUGGUGUUUACACCUUUUUUGAUGUAUUGUUUGCCUUCCAUCGUCAUUCAAUGGUUGAGGUGCCUAAAUGUUUUCUGUACUUGCCCAUUAAAUAUAUUCUGCAUGAUCAGUGCGGUAUCACACAGUCUUUUUAUCUACAUGUACAUGAAUUCUAUGAAUUCGACUCCGCAUUGAAAGAUGUGUCACCGUCUGCAGUUGUGUAUUUAAAGUAUGCUGCUUGCUUUGUAAAUUGCAACUUUGGGGAAUACAGUGUAUAUCCCCAAAUAUCCCAAAUAUUUCCAAAUAUGCAAUGCAGUUGAAAGUGUUUCAAUUGAAGAAAAUUGUGUACGAUGCUUUGUUCAAAUAUCAAGGCAUACUCAGUGAACAUCUAAAGCAGUACUUGUGAGCAGUAUGUGUUUAUACGCUGAUAUUAAGACAAUUAUAGAUUUCUUUAUGUCAGACUACGAUUGGUAAAUGCGCAUGUAGGCUUCUAAUAGCAAGUUUUGUGGCAGGUGAUAACUCUUAACUUUGUGAUAUGCAUGUUACUACGUUUAGGAAUUAGUUAGGACAUACGCUGUGUACAUUUAUCUUAUCUUGCAUUGGAAGAAGACAAUUGUUCAUGGAGUGUUGUCUUACAAUGUGACCUUGGGUUAAAACUUUGCAGUAAUUGUCUACAAUUCUACAUGCCAUUGUAAAUCACUUUGGUUUAUUGGUGAAUGUACAUGUAAGUGUGAACAUCUUACAAGCUGCCUCCAUGUGUAAAAUUGAUCUGCACUGGAUGUAGCUAAUUUAAGUAUGGUUCAACUAGAAUGCUUGAAUGCUAGAAUGAGGUCCCUGGCAAGGGGAUUAAAGUCAACUUAAAAAUAUGUGAUUGUUGUAUAGGGAAUGGGGCAGAUUACUGUAUUCAACAUUGUAAAACCAUUUUCAUUGGAAAACUGCUCUUGCAUGUUUGUUUCAAAGCCCUUCUGUAUGCAUAUCAAAUAUGGCAAAAUUGUGAACCACAAUGCAUUUUAUGCACUUUCUAUCCAAGGCCGUUGCCUGUAGGGUUCAAAACCCUGAUUGGCACUGUCAUCCUUGAGCAAGCUAUUCAUGCCACUUAUGUAAAGUGGUACUUGCCUCAAAUUAUGAUAAUAGAAAGUAUAUAAAUAUAUAGCAUAUAUCCAUGUACUAUUAUAUUUUUUUCUAGUCUAUAUGUAGCAAUUUUAAACAAAGUAAAGGCAAAAGACAUAUCUUCAAAUGAACAAAAUGUUGAAGUGAUAUUGAAUGAAGAGGUUUCUAAAAUGAAUAAUGUUGUGCCUAUCAUGGUGAAGGAAGAUGUGAAUGUAAAUUAAACUGGAAAAAUCAAUAAUUUGUGAUAUAAUUUAUAAAACUUCUGUUUUCUCUGUAUAUCUUCUAAUAUUCAAAUAUGUAUCUACGGUAUCUGAUGGUGAAAAUAACACAAAAUGUGUGGAAUUUUAAAGCUGACUUUCUAGUGAACAUGUGACUAGUAAAACAAUUUUUCAGUGGAGGUGUGGAUUUGUUCAUAAAAUGAAAUACUAGUAACCUAUUUACUUUCACUUGUUUGUGAGUAUAAUGUAUUUUAGUAGUCUUGAGUGAUAGAAAAUCAUGUAUUAGAAACUUGACCUGGCUUCUAGUGAACCAUAUUGGAUUUUGGGCUUUAAUAUGCCAAAAAUGAAAAAUUUUACUUCAUUUUAAUUCAAGGCUUAAACCAUCACAAUGGAUAUUUUUGCACUUUAAUUUCUUUAAUGGAGAGAAAAUGACAUUUUAAAGUGCUCAUGAACCAUUUGUAAAUCAUUUGCUGCCGAUGUUAGAAAGCAAACCAAUCAGAUGUUUCUCACUGAUUAAAUCUUAGUGCUUAGUACUGUUGUAAUGAUUUCACACGUGCCAACUACCUGAGUUGAAAAUGUGGUAUUUAUUCUGUGAGGAACACGUCAGAUAUAUUGUGUUUUCUAUUGACAGCAGAAAAACAACAAUAUUGUCCUCUUUGAAUUUUUCUUGAGCCUAUUUUAAUGUGCUUCAUUCAGUUACCUUGAGUCUAUAGAUUAAUGGGUCAUAUUUGUAUCUACUUGGUCUGCUAUCGAAUUGGUCUAGUUUCUGUGUGUGGUCCAACCAUCACACGGUCUAAAAAUCACUUGGUCUAGACCUAAUAAUUGUCAUUUAGUCUCUUUUCUGAAUGUUUAACUUUAAGGAACACCUUUUCUACAUGUAUGUACAGUAUUUUGUCAAAUGAAAAUUUGGUUCAUAAACACUUCAUCUCAUAUGAUAUGUAUACAUCAAGUGGAUAUUAGACCCAUAUUCUUCUUCUUCUUCUUUGGGUGUACUGCCCAACAAGCCAUAGUAGGAGCCAAACGGGAAGGAAGUGCGCAGGUGUUGAUGGCACGUAGGGAGAGAGAUUUGCUCACCUCUCGAUAUCUGGGGGUUGCAGGUGGACCACUACACCGGGGUUUCCCCUUACUCUUAUUCGAAUAGUGCGGUGGGUUCUUAACGUGCAAAGGUGGUGACUCCUCUACACGGGGCCUCCAUUUAUUAUCCUAUCCCACCGACGGAGUGUUUUCCCUGUAACAUAGCCUGCAUCUAUGGAACAGGGGAGAGACGUUUACACACAACGCACUGGCUUCAGUCAUCCGCCCGUGGUUGACUCGAACCCACGAUCUUUGGUUCGACGGGCAGACGCGUUACCGACUGAGCCUUUGAUAUAGCCUUACUGCAAUCUAGACAGAGUUGUGAAUGGUUUAGAAUUGUGGCAGUGGUUAUUAGAGACAAACUGGGUGGAGAUGAAUUAGGAUUAGACCAUUUGUGAUCAAACCAAACAGAAAUAGAAAAAGCAGUUGUCAACCAAAGUGCUAUUGUACCACUCUAGUGAGCAUGAACAGGCACAGUCCUCCGGCAGGCACCGCAUUACAUUCUAGAGCCGCAUAGAUGUAGAAAUUCUUUCAGAAAAAUUGUGGAAGUUGAUAAAAGGAUGAUUCAAAUUUUAUCUUUCUGAGCUUUUGAUUGCCAUCAAAGAAAAUGGUGCAGUUUAGCUCUUGAUCCAUGCUGUAUUCAUGGGUGUUCCACAAGGUUAUUUAUACAUCUUUCACAAGCCAAAGUAUUGUACAAACUUGCAUUCUAACAGAAAUCAUGUAGUAAUAGGUUUAUUCCGGAAUUGAACAGAAAGAAAUCAGAUAUUAAUUUAUUGCCACAAACAUGCUGUUUACAGCUUUGUGUUACAAAAUUACAUGUUUGCCCUAAAUUUCUUGACUUAUACGUUACACUUUAUGUUGAUGCAGUCUUGUGGGAUAUUAGGCUGUGCAUUCUUAUUGAAAAUACAUGUAGCUCUGUACAUCAGUGGUGUACUUGUAAAUUUUCCAGUAAAUUUUAUUUUAUUAUAAUGCUUCUUAUUUUACACUUGUAUCCUUUGUAUAUUGAAAAUUGUUUAUUGGAAAAUGUUGCUUUGUUUUGACUUGAUUGGUGUACAAUUUUUCAUAUUAAUUUGUUAAUUUGUAAAUAUAAACUCUAGUUUCUGUAAAUUAUAUGUAUAGACAAGUAAAUAUGAUGAAUAAAAUACAUCCUAAAGCGAAAA